UCUGGCUCGACAGCAGGCAUCGGGUCACCAGGCAUCAGGUCAUUUGGCUCGACAGCGGGCACCGCGUCAUCUGGCAAGGCAGUGGGCACCGAGUCACCAGGCACGACAGUGGGCUCUGAGUCAAUUGGCACGACAGCGGGCACCGGGUCAUCAGGCAUGACAGCGGGCACUGGGUCAUCAGGCAUUGGAUCGUCUGGCUCGACAGUGGGCAUCGGGUCACCAGGCGUGAUAGGAUCAUCAGGCUGGAUCAGUUCAUCAGGCUGGGUACAGACAUCAGGCUGGGUAGAGACAUCAGGCUGAAGUGCGGGUGCCGAGGCACCAGGCUGA